ACUGAACUGAACUAGUUUAUUUUGCUGUUUAUGCUUUAUUCUGAAAAAUGCCAGGUGUUCGACGUCCUAAUUCCGUUGCUAAAGUUUCCUGGAGGAAGACGAAGUGAGACACCGGUAGAGAGGACAAUACGCUUGAUGAUGUGUGUGCGCGCGCGCGACAUUAGCUAGCUGCAGCUUUGCUCGCCCGUUCGUGUUGCAGAUGUUCAUGAGAGUAAAGCGGGAUUAACAGAGCAGAACAUCUCUUACAGUGUAUGUGUGGGAACAACAUGUCUGUGCCACUGCUCGCCGAGGCUAUGACCAUGUCUGGGAAGGAGAAGGAGACAGCAGCGGUGAUCUUCCUUCAUGGAUUAGGAGAUACGGGGCAUGGCUGGGCCGAGACUCUGGCGAAGAUCCAGCCAAGUCACGUCAAGAUUAUCUGCCCCCAUGCGCCGAUAAUCCCGGUCACUCUCAACAUGAGGUCCAUGUUGCCCGCAUGGUUUGACCUGAUGGGUCUCAGUCCCGACUCUCCCGAGGAUGAAUCUGGAAUUAAGAGAGCGGCUGAAAACAUUAAGGCCAUAAUCGAACAUGAGGCCAGAAAUGGGAUCCCUUCCAACCGCAUCAUCCUGGGUGGCUUCUCACAGGGUGGGGCUUUGUCCUUGUAUACCGCCUUGACCUGCCAGCAUCCGUUGGCCGGUGUUGUUGCCCUCAGCUGUUGGCUUCCACUUCACAAGAGUUUCCCUUCGGCCUCAGGUUGCAACAAGAACCUCCCGAUCUUGCAAUGCCAUGGUGACAUAGACGCCAUGGUCCCAAGGCAGUUUGGUGCCAUGACAGCAGAAAAACUUAAAUCCAUAGUCAACCCACAGAUGGUUACUUUCAAAUCCUUCCCAGGACUCCCUCACAGUUCCUGUCCUGAGGAGAUGGCAGCUGUAAAGGAAUUUAUUGAGAAGCUCUUGCCCCGGGUCUGACCUUACCUCUUCCCUACUGUUAACCCCUCCAGACACCGACCUCUCACUCCGGAUCUGUCAGUCUCCUGCAGGAAACAGCCAUGAGCUCCACCCCUCCUCCCCACCCAUCUAUAAGACCGCAAACGCACACUCAUCUCUCACUUGACAGUAAUGUUUUAAUCUACUGUCCCAAACAAGCGUAUUACAUUAUUUGAACUGGCAGCACUAAAUUCUCCCAUUUAGAGGUUGUAAUCUUUAAAGGAAAAAACACGCACAUUCCCUUUUAUUUUUCCACGUUUUCUCAUCUGGUCUUACAGUUUAUGUCAGUUGUUGCUUUACCUCCACCUCACUUUCUUGUAUCUUUAGAGAUUUUUAACCGAUAAAGUCCAGGAAGUGGCCUCCUGUUGCUGCCAGCGAACUAGGAAUAGCUGAAGCUGCUGCCAAAAAUGAUGCCUCUUACUCGUUUCCACUUCCUUGUUGUUCAGGAGGAACUGGACCUCCUUUUCUUUCAAGUUCUGUGUGUUAAAAUCUCAAUUACCAGCAAGCGAGAUUCGUCAUUUUCAGACCGUAGACUCACAGCAUUGUGUCAGUCUGUUAGGCUUUCGGGUCCUGGUCACAUUUAUGUUUCUCGCAUGACCCAGACGAUGUGAUUGCUUCAGUCAUUCAAUCUUCAGAUUAAAAUUCUAUUGAAUUGCAAGGAAGACCGAGGGAGAAGGUACUGACUGCACAGCUCUGUUUUUAAUGUAAAACAAAAUUCUUCUAAAGCAUGUGAAGCACAGUGCUGGUUCCACUUGUUCCAAUAAUUGAGAAGCAGAUCCUUUUUGAGAAUGUUAAAGCUGUAAUUCUGACUUUAACCCUCUGAGAAACUGCAUUCACAUUUUAGCACUGGAGCCCAUCCAAAUCAGAACCGCCAUUCCAGUCUGGGUUUGUCUGGGUCCAAUCAUGAGCCCUCUCAUGGCUAAAAUCCACUCAUAGGAGCCAAUUUCUUUUCCCUUUUCUUUAUUAAACUUGAUUAUAAACCUUGAAAUAUGUGAACAAAAUCCAUCUGAAAUAAAGGAAAACUCAUCAUUUAAUGUUUUCACUGUUCUGUGCUUUUCUUUCAAAAAGGCUACAUUUGAGAUCUUUUCUUACGAUACUGCUUUGAAAAUUACUCUGCCAGCUGAGGUGCAUGGAAAAGUGUUGCAGUUCAGGUGGUUGCACCCCUGCACCUAACCUCCACAUCUGCUUCCAAAUCUUCACCUCAGAAUUUGAAAUAUGCUUUAGCUUCUUCAACUCCGUAACCACACAUAAAAUAUCAAAUGUUAAAUUUGUCAUUUUCAUUUGGUUAAAAAUGUCAAUAUAAAGGGAGGAAUUGUAAACAAUAGUGACAAGGAUCUUUCAUCAGUUGUUUGAACGUUAACUUGAGGUUCAUAAGAAUCUGGCAGUUUUUCUUUUUUGUAAUUUUUGCUCUUGUUGUUUUUAUUCAUCUUUGCUAUCCCCAGAUCAGAUUUUAAAACCUUUAAAAAUGGAGGACAAGCAGAUGUUUUGAUUUUUCAUCCCUUCCAUGAAUGUUUCCUACAGUAAUAUUUUUCAAUCAUCCUGCUGUGGAGUUUUUCUUCAUCUAAUCCAGUGUUUUGAUUCAUUCCUUGUGUGUUUCUCUUGGGUUUGUUAUUGUUUCAACUUUUUUAUGUUUUGUUGAUUUUGUCUCAUUGUGGUUUUUGUUGUUGUUUUGCUGUCGUACAUUUUAGCACUCAGAUGGAGUUACUGAGGGAAGAUUUAUGCCUCUCAUCUUUCUGUCUCUAAAACACUUGUCUGCAGAAUAAAUUUCCCUUAAAAUAC